AUGGAGAAGAUAUGCGUAGCAGUGAGAGUGAGACCAGCAGUGAGUCAAGAUACUCCUAAUGGAACAUACUGGAAGGUCGAAGACAAUCGCAUCUCUCUUCACAAGUCCCUCGGAACCCCGAUCUCUGGCGUUUCGUACACUUUUGAUCAUGUGUUCGAUCAAGAUUGCUCAAAUGGUAGGGUUUAUGAGCUCCUUACCAAGGACAUCAUUCGUGCUGCCGUUGAGGGUUUCAAUGGAACUGCAUUUGCUUAUGGACAGACGAGCAGUGGCAAGACCUUUACUAUGAAUGGUUCUGAGAAUGAUCCAGGAAUUAUACAUCGGGCAGUGAAAGACAUAUUUUGUGAAAUUCAGAUGACAACUGACCGAGAGUUUCUAAUUCGAGUUUCCUACAUGGAAAUUUAUAAUGAAGAAAUUAAUGACCUUUUUUCUGUAGAAAAUCAGAAACUGCAAAUUCAUGAGAGUUUGGAGCGUGGAGUAUUUGUUGCAGGCCUUCGGGAGGAAAUUGUGAGUAGUGCUGAACAAGUACUUAAGCUCAUCCAAUUGGGAGAAGUUAACAGGCAUUUUGGUGAGACAAACAUGAAUGUUCGAAGUAGUAGAUCUCACACUAUCUUUCGGAUGGUAAUUGAAAGCAAGGGAAAGGAUACCAGUCCCAGUGAUUGUUCAAGCUUAGACGAUGUUAUUCGUGUCUCUGUGUUGAAUUUAGUAGACCUAGCUGGGUCCGAACGGAUUGCUAAAACUGGAGCUGGGGGUGUUCGUUUGAAGGAAGGAAAGCACAUCAACAAGAGCUUAAUGGUUCUUGGAAAUGUGAUCAACAAAUUAAGCGACUGUGCAAAGCAAAGAGGACACAUACCCUAUCGUGACAGUAAACUCACCCGCAUACUCCAACCUGCUCUUGGUGGUAAUGCCAAAACCUCAAUAAUUUGCACUGUAGCACCAGAAGAGGUUCAUGUAGAGGAAUCAAAGGGAACCCUUCAGUUUGCUAGCAGAGCUAAAAGAAUUACCAACUGUGUUCAAGUGAAUGAGAUAAUAACAGAUGCUGCGUUAUUGAAGAGACAAAAACUAGAGAUAGAGGAACUGCGUAUGAAACUUCAGGGAUCUCAUGCUGAGGUAUUGGAGCAAGAGAUCUUCAAAUUGCGGAAUGACAUGCUCAAGUAUGAAUUAGAGCGCGAGAAGCUUGCGAUGGAACUUGAAGAGGAGAGGAAAUCACACAAAGAGCGAGAGCAAUGCAUCAGGGAGCAGCAGUUGAGAAUUGAGAACCUCAGCAGUCAUGCCCCUUUUUUAGACUGUGAUGGAAAUUCUAACCAGGGGCAGGAAUUUUUAAAUCAAGGCCUAAAGGAAGAAUGCAAUGACAGUCAUAGCAGGAAAACUGAGUAUAGCCCGCUUCCGGAUACAAUUUGCAAUGUUGCUGAUGAAGACACAUGGUUGAGAAUGAACAAAGGCUACAUAGCCGACCUUGAUUCACUUCAUAUCACCCCUGCAAGAAAAGUUGAAUCCUUUCCGUCAAGUGAGGGAACUCCAGGUUGGUCAAUUGAAAAUUACAGGCAAGAGGUCCAAAGUCUCCAAAAACAACUGGAACAUACUAUUGAAGAAAGGGAUGAACUUGAGAAAGAGUUUCCAGCGCAGUUUCUUUUCUGGAAGUUGCCACUUGGCAUAGUAGUAGAUGCUUUCGAAUAA